AUGGUCCAUCGGCUACAAAAAAGGGAACCGACAGCCCUCCUUCACCCCUCCUUCCUGUUAAUCGGAAACAACCAAACACCACCCGAGGAUCGCCGCUUCCCUCCGUUACUACUUCGGUGUUUCUUUCCCCUCAUCCCUCGUGUUUUGCCAAUUAAACAAAAGGAGAACAGCCAAGGAGGCCACCAGAGCAGUCCCCUCGAUGUAACAGUCACCCGACAACGUAAGUUACCUUCGUUUUCUUAUUUCAUUUUGGUGAUGGACCAAACCUCCACCGAACCACAUCUGUUAUGCUUCUGUUCUUCUUCCUUCUCCCUUCGAUCCAAUCGGUUCCCUUCCCCCCUUGAUUUGUGGCCGCCGACGACGAGCGAAAAGCCUAAGGAAGUUUGUCGGAGAUCGACUCCUUCUCGUGAUCUGUUUGACCACCAGAUCACCAUUUUGACUGCUAGAAUUCGUGUUCUUUCUUCCCCUUCCCGAUCACUGAAGGCGAAGAGUAAACCCACAAAGGGUAGUCGGUCUCGACAGACCCCUUGCCCCUCCUCGCGAUUUCCCAUCUGCACCGCAGUUCCCGUCGAUCUGCCUUUCGCUCGUCAAUUCCUUGUCCACUCUGAUGGAGAUGAUGAUUAUUCAAGGUCAAAGUGGGUUUGGCUUUUUGGAGAAGAUGAAGCUACAAGAAUAUGGCUGUUUAACCUGAUCGAUUCAGGUUGA